UGUUGUAAUCAUCUGGACCGUCAAUCAUACGUGAUAUAAACGUGAAAGUACAUUACAAUCUGAUUCAACAGGCUGGCUACACAUGCACCUUGGUUGAUUCAACAUUAAACUAUAUAACCUCUGCGCUUCCGCGAAACACGCCGACGGCUCAACCAAUCAGCUUGAAGUACGGUGCCACCUCCUAUCUUUCACAGCAGUGUGGCUGCUGCUCUGUCGUGUGUGUAACCGUCUAGAUUAACUAGCUACGUCGUUUUUUAAACUUAUUUUAUUCAUUUAAAAUCAUGUCAGCGAUACUAUUCCUGAAAAACUUGCACCGCGUCAGCAGAGUACCUCUCAGUGUCGCUCGACCGGUCGUCGGUUGUCUGUAUCAUACCCGGAAAGGAGUCUACGGUCACCGACCCAAACAAAACCAGGGGGACACGAAGUUGCACAGUGACCCAGUCUCGUAUAUCACUGCACUCAAUCGAGACCAUGGGCUAGCACGCCUGGUGGAGGCUUACCGAGCACAUGGACACAAGGCUGCUAAAAUUAACCCUCUACUGCCUAAUGACCCAGUGGAGGACAGUGUGCCAGAGAUCAACAUGUUGACUGGAGCUGUACAAGGACCCCUGAACACAUCAGGACUGCGGCAUUUUGGUAAAGCGGAGGCGUCGGUGGAGGAGGUGAUUGGCUACCUGGAGGAGUCCUACUGUGGCCGCAUUUCCAUAGAGACCAGUCAGCUGACCAGCCUGGAGGAAAGGGAGUGGCUCGCAGACCGCUUCGAGCAGCUGAAGAAAGAGAUGUUUACUGCGGAGGAGAGGAUAAAGUUGGCCAAGCUCAUGCUGGAGUCACAGGAGUUUGAUCACUUUCUGGCCUCCAAGUUCUCCACGGUGAAGCGUUAUGGUGGUGAGGGAGCAGAGAGCAUGAUGGGAGUGUUCUACGAGAUGUUCCGUCUGUCUGCCCACAGCGGGGUGACGGACAUCGUCAUGGGGAUGCCUCACCGCGGGAGACUUAACCUCCUCACGGGGCUUCUGCAGUUCCCUCCAGAGCUGAUGUUCCGUAAAAUGCGUGGCCUCAGUGAGUUCCCAGCAGACUCUCCCUCUAUCGGCGACGUCCUCUCCCACCUCACCUCCUCUGUAGAGCUGGACUUUGGUGCUGCCCACCCCCUCCAUGUGACCAUGCUGCCCAACCCCUCCCACCUGGAGGCCAUCAACCCAGUCACCCAGGGGAAGACCCGUGCCCGCCAGCAGCUCAAACAGGAGGGAGACUAUUCCCCAGACGAGAACGCACAGCCUGGUGAUAAAGUUGUCUGUCUCCAGGUCCAUGGGGAUGCCUCAUUCUCUGGCCAAGGAAUUGUUCCGGAGACAUUCACCAUUUCACUACUCCCCCACUUCAGAGUCGGUGGGAGCAUCCACCUCAUUGUAAACAACCAAGUGGGCUAUACCACUCCGUCUGCGAGAGGGAGAUCAUCUUUGUACUGUAGCGAUGUUGGUAAGAUGGUGGGCUGUGCGGUGAUCCAUGUGAACGGUGAUGAUGCGGAUGAGGUGGUGCGAGCCACGAGGCUGGCGGUGGAGUACCAGAGACGCUUCAGGAAGGAUGUUAUUCUGGAUCUGCUCUGCUACAGACAGUGGGGACACAACGAGCUGGACGAACCCUCCUUCACUAACCCUGCCAUGUACAAGAUCAUCCGCUCCAGGAAGAGCACCCCAGACUCUUACACUGACCAGCUGAUCUCAGAGGGCCUGAUGACAGAGGAGGAGCGUGUUGCUAUCAGGACAGCCCACUACGGCAUGCUGAACGACAAGCUGACUAACAUGAUCUUCUACAGCCCUCCACCCAUGAACCUGCAGGGGCGCUGGGGAGGUCUGGAGGAGCCCCAGGCAAGGGUCACUCACUGGGACACCGGGGUGCCUGCUCCCCUGCUGCAGUACGUAGGGGCCAAAUCUGUGGAGAUCCCCGAAGGAGUCCAGCUACACAGUCACUUGGGGAAGAUGCACGUGGCGGGUCGCCUUGCGAAAGUGGAGAAUGGAACUAAUCUGGACUGGUCCACUGCUGAGGCCAUGGCGUUUGGCUCUCUGCUCUGCCAAGGGUUCAACAUUCGCAUCAGUGGGCAGGACGUUGGGAGAGGCACCUUCAGUCAGAGACAUGCCAUGAUAGUUUGUCAGGACACAAAUGAUAUAUACAUCCCCCUAAACCACAUAGACCCUGAACAGAAAGGAUUCAUGGAGGUGUGUAACAGUGCUCUGUCUGAGGAGGCCGUGCUGGGCUUUGAGUAUGGCAUGGCCAUCGCCCAGCCUAAACUCCUGCCCAUCUGGGAGGCUCAGUUUGGUGACUUCUUCAACGGAGCUCAGAUCAUCUUCGACACCUUCAUCUCCGGAGGUGAGGCUAAGUGGCUGCUGCAGUGUGGGAUGGUGAUCCUGCUGCCCCAUGGUUAUGACGGAGCCGGACCUGAACACUCCUCAUGCCGUAUAGAGAGGUUCCUACAGCUGUGUGACAGUAAAGAGGAGGGGGUGGAUGGUGACAAUGUCAACAUGGGCGUUGUCAACCCUACGACUCCAGCACAGUAUUUCCACCUGCUGAGACGACAAAUGAUACGCAACUUCCGCAAGCCGCUCAUCGUGGCCGGGCCCAAGACUUUGCUCCGAUUCUCUGGAGCAACAUCCAGUGUGGUUGACAUGGCUCCUGGUACAUAUUUCAAGCCUGUGAUUGGUGACCCCUCAGUCACACCAGCAAGUGUCCAGCGGGUGGUGUUGUGCUCAGGAAAGCACUACUAUGCCCUGUUGAAGCAGAGGGAAACGUCAGCUGCCACUCAGACCACAGCACUGAUCAGACUGGAGGAGCUGUGUCCCUUUCCUCUGGAGGCCCUGCAGCAGGAGCUGAACAAGUACACCAAUGCUAAAGAGUUCGUGUGGAGUCAGGAGGAGCCCCAGAACAUGGGCCCCUGGUCGUUUGUGGCCCCCAGGUUUGAGAAGCAGCUGGCCUGCAAGCUUCGAUUGGUCAGUCGGCCUGCUCUGCCCGCCCCGGCUGUGGGGAUCGGAGCGCUCCACCAGCAGCAGAACGAGGCCGUCCUCACCGCCACCUUCUCCUCCUGAGCCACUGGAACAACAAAAUGGAAGCUCACUCCCAACACCACUUCAUGAAGCUCCAGUAAAACCACAUGACAUCUCUAUCUUGGAAAAUCCCGACUGAAUUCAGAUCCGUUUUAUGUUUGUUUAACUUGUUUCACUGUCGUGAUUCAGUCUGGAAGCUAGGCUACCUCUUCUCAUCCUCCAUUCAAAAUGUUGUCAAAACACAAGUGCUAAAGGGCUGCUUUCAAUGUGGCGAAUUCAGUUGCUGUUUGGCGGUUCGUGGGGAUGGGUUUAGCAUUAUGAAAUGUAGUUGGAACUACAAAACAAUGUGAUAUAGACAGUCAGAAAUUGCGUAGGGCAAUUAUUAUUAUUAUUAUUAUUAUUAUUUUGUUUUAUUGUGUUCAAUUCACUAGCUGUAAGGCAUUAUUAGGUUACUGACAAAUAGCAAAACCUAAAUAUGGUUCAGAUUGAAUUACGGCAUUAGACACUAAAUUUAGAGCAUCAUUGUUUUAUACAUUGUUUUUUAAAAAUUUAUCACACAACAGCAGAGUAUUAUGAUUUGAUUUCAUUAACCUGACAUAUGACUAUCAUCUUGUUCCGUCUAUCAUCUUGUUCCGUCUAUCAUCUUGUUCAGUCUAUCAUCUUGUUCAGUCUAUCAUCUUGUUUCUUCGAGGUAGAAGAGUGUCUCAGGUUGUCAAUCAAAAGGGCUGAGGCAUUCAUCAGUGUUGUCCGCAUGAGCUGCUGUAGAUUUUCUACUGUUUUCAAUGUCAGCCUCAACAUCAGUUUGUUAUAAUAAAAUGUCAAAAUACUGUUAAAGUGUGAAAUUUAAACUUCAAAAUAUUAUUUUGUGUAUUUUUGUUUGUGUGUAGAAAUCCAAAGAUUUUCAUUGUGUUUAAAUUGUGAAAAAACACCAAGCGAACAACUACUGCACAAAUGUGCCUUUCAGCACCACGGCUAUUUAAUAUUUCUUUAGGAAAGUUAGGGCUGCUAUUUCUCUACAAAUUAGUCCAAUUAAAAUAUUAAUCCCAUCUCA